UUUAGGCGGGGGCUGCCGGGAUCGGAGCUCCGCCGGGAUCUGAGCGCCGCAUUCUCGCUCGCCUCGGCGGCGCUGCUCAGCGCGGCCGGGCUCACCUCCGCAGGGCAUGUCUGCGCUGCUCUCGCCGCGCGCCUGGGACUGCUAGCUUCUCCGGCGCUUCCUGCGCGCGGGGCCCCGCACCUGGUACCGAAGCCCGGCUCGCGCUGUGCUCGCGGACCGCCGCCGUCAUGGGGCUGCAGCCCCUGGAGUUCAGCGACUGCUACCUCGAUAGCCCGUGGUUCCGGGAGAGGAUCCGCGCCCACGAAGCGGAGCUGGAGAGGACCAACAAGUUCAUCAAAGAGCUCAUCAAGGACGGCAAGAACCUCAUCGCGGCGACCAAAAGUCUUUCGGCAGCCCAGCGGAAGUUUGCUCAUUCACUCAGAGACUUCAAAUUUGAGUUUAUCGGCGAUGCAGAGACUGACGAUGAACGCUGCAUAGAUGCUUCGUUACGUGAAUUUUCUAACUUUUUGAAGAAUCUGGAAGAACAGAGAGAAAUUAUGGCAUUAAGUGUCACCGAAACCCUGAUUAAACCCUUGGAAAAAUUCAGAAAAGAGCAACUUGGAGCCGUCAAGGAAGAGAAAAAGAAGUUUGACAAAGAGACGGAAAAGAACUAUAGCCUAAUUGAUAAACAUUUGAAUUUAUCAGCGAAAAAGAAAGACUCACAUUUACAAGAGGCAGAUAUCCAAGUGGAACAGAACCGGCAACACUUUUACGAACUGUCUCUUGAAUAUGUGUGUAAGCUUCAGGAAAUCCAAGAGAGGAAGAAGUUUGAGUUUGUGGAACCUAUGCUGUCAUUUUUUCAGGGAAUGUUUACUUUCUAUCAUCAAGGCCAUGAACUUGCCAAAGACUUCAAUCACUACAAAAUGGAACUACAGAUCAACAUUCAGAAUACACGGAAUCGUUUUGAAGGAACAAGGUCAGAAGUGGAAGAGCUUAUGAACAAGAUUAGACAGAAUCCCAAGGACCACAAACGAGCGAGUCAGUUCACAGCGGAAGGCUACCUGUAUGUACAGGAAAAAAGGCCUCCUCCGUUUGGUUCCAGCUGGGUCAAACACUACUGCAUGUAUCGGAAAGCGGCCAAGAAGUUCAACAUCAUUCCGUUCGAGCACAGAUCUGGGGGGAAACUAGGGGACGGAGAGGUGUUCUUUUUGAAAGAAUGUAUCAGAAGACAUACUGACUCCAUCGACAGAAGGUUUUGUUUUGAUGUAGAAGCUGCUGACCGGCCUGGAGUUUCUUUGACAAUGCAGGCGUUUUCGGAAGAGGAGAGGAAGCAGUGGUUGGAAGCUCUGGGUGGAAAAGAAGCUGUGUUCCCUAGUUUUAAUAGAGCCAUCAUCCCAAGACCAGAAGGAAGUGCACAGUUGGAUAAGAUGGGAUUCACAAUUCUUAGAAAAUGCAUCAGUGCAGUUGAAACACGAGGUAUAAACGACCAAGGAUUGUACAGAGUUGUGGGGGUGAGUUCAAAGGUCCAGAGACUUCUGAGUAUGUUGAUGGAUGUGAAAACCUGCAAUGAGGUGGACCUGGAGAAUUCUAUAGAUUGGGAAGUGAAGACAAUAACGAGUGCCCUGAAACAGUAUUUGAGGAGUCUUCCAGAGCCGCUGAUGACCUAUGAAUUACACGGAGACUUCAUCGUUCCAGCCAAAAGCGGCAGCCCAGAAUCUCGUGUUAACGCUAUCCAUUUCUUGGUACACAAACUGCCGGAGAAAAAUAAAGAAAUGUUGGAUAUUCUGGUGAAACACUUAACAAAUGUUUCAAAUCACUCCAAGCAGAACCUCAUGACCGUGGCAAAUUUAGGAGUGGUGUUUGGACCAACUCUGAUGAGGCCACAGGAAGAAACUGUUGCUGCCAUCAUGGAUUUGAAGUUUCAGAAUAUUGUCGUGGAAAUUUUAAUUGAAAACCAUGAAAAGAUUUUUAGGACCCUGCCUGACGCCACACUGCCUGAGCCAGUCACCCUGUCAGCAUCACCCCCGAAUGCCCCACCAAGGCAAUCGAAGAGACAGGGCCAGAGGACUAAGAGACCCGUGGCUGUAUAUAAUCUUUGUCUUGAACUGGAAGAUGGUGACCGUCCCAAUCUUCCUAAGGAGGACACUCCUCCCAGCAGCCUGGACUCAUUUUCCUCCCCAUCUCCCACGGCUGCCGCUGCCCAUGGGCCCCCUGGACCAGACAGAAACCACCUUCUUGCAGAUGGGGGUACCUUUGGGGACUGGGCAUCCACUGCCUGUCCUCCCGCUCAGCAGAUAGAUGGCCGUCGUUUCAUCACCUGACUAUUUAUGACCAGGAAGGGUUGGUUCGGGUCGGGUAAACCACCUCAUCCUCCACCACCACCAGCACCCACCAACGCCUUGAGUAAUUGCUGGGAGAUAACAUGUCAGUUGUUUGGCUAACUGUGGUCUUAAAUUCUCUGUCAGAGCUUCACUCACGCCAUCCUCUCCCUUCCUGAUUAGUAAGAAGAACUCGUUAAAGUUUCAUUUUCUGCUGAAGAAUGGAGUGACUUUUGCUGUUGGUGAUACAGAUCACCUUGAGAUUUCUAGGUGUCUUCGCUUGGCAUGAAGUAGGUUUUAUGACUUCCAAAUGAAUGGCUGGAUAGGGGGAUUGUAAAUAAGCUGUUCAGAGAAUAAUGUUUUUAAAAUGUUCCUCCUUCCCCCCCUUUUCUGAUCAGAGUAAAGGCAACCUUCUGUGUGCUAAAUAUCUAUCCAGUCAGUAAUGCAGUGUUUCACGGGCCUGCUGUAUAAUACUCAGUUGUAGUGUUAGCACGUGCGAACUGGCUGCUUCAGAUGUGGCUUGAAGACUUCCUGUGCCAAGCCCUCUGCCCGGCUUUGUGAAUCCACACAAAGAGUUAACCCACCUGCUCUCAACCCAGAGGCGAGAGAAAUGUCUGAAACCAACACAGAACAACUCAUGCUGAUCGGCCCUCCCGUUUAUUGGUGUGACGGGCCUUCAGAGAAGGUCUGUGACUUAGAGAGCCCAGAGGAGAAGAACUGGGGGAGGCAGCUGGAGCUGAGCCGGGGGGAGGGGACAGAUUGGAGCCAGCAGAGGAGCGGAAGAGCCUGAGGGGGGAGGAGGGGAAGUCAGGGGAGCAGAGCUGUGGGCUGAGCCGCCAGGCUGCCAGGGCAGGUGGGAGAGCACACCUGUUCCUGGGGAGGCACACGGGUUGGACUGGGUCUUACCCAGGUGGCUGAACGUGGCUGAUGGAACUGGCCGAAUGGGAGGCCCGGGGCUAGGGCCUUGGCUAGGAGAGCUCCGCCCUGAAACCGGCAUGAGCAGUGAGAUUGGGAUCCUCUCCUGUUCUUGACGAGAGCGUAGAGAAAGGAACAGCCUGGGAGCUUUUUGCAGUGAAAAUGGACAGGACGUGGUGUUAGUUCUGCUUUAGAAGAAGAAUCAAAGGUAACACUCAGUAAUAUGGAAGGACACGGAAGCUGCUUGUAGAAACUGGUUUUAGCCAAAGAGGGUGAAUUUGAGGUGAGGGGCAUCGGGGUAUAGCAGCAUUGAAUACAUAUGUGUUGAAAAUGUACUUGAGUAAAACGAGAAGCUUUCAGCACUGUGCUUUGAAAGCAAGCUUCGUAGACCAUCGUCACAAGCCUCCAGUUUUGAAAUCAUUGAAGAAUAAUUUAUUCAGGUCAACAUGUAUUUAUCGAACCCUCCACGUUUAGAAGCCCCUCCAUGGGUCUGUCUACUGACCUUUUUACAUUAACUUAUUUUCAAAAUUGGCAACUACUAGGGAAUGUUAAGGUCACCAAAGAUUUACUGUUCAUUGGUUUCUCCCUUAAAGGCUAGUCUUUGGUCCACUCUACAGGAAUCUUGAUUCCCAGUGGCAUUCUGUUCUGAGUUGCCACAUGUAUAUGACCAGAUGAAAGAGCUUUAUUUUUUUAUUGAAGUGUAGUUGCUUUACAAUAUUGUGUUAGUUUCUACUGUACAGCAAAGUGAAUCAGCUAUAUGUAUACGUAUAU